UUGCUUUUCUCGGUGGUUACGUCGUCCGUGCAUUUUCCUCGCCCAAAGUCGGCAAUCCCAGCUUUAUAUAGGACCCAUUCCCUGCAAUUCUUUUCCAUCUAUUCUCCUUCGGUUGUCUUCUUGAAAGGAAGAGUUCCUAGGCCAAUCUCCCAAGAUGCAGAUCUUCGUCAAGACCCUCACCGGCAAGACCAUCACCCUCGAGGUCGAGUCCUCGGACACGAUCGACAACGUUAAGGCCAAGAUCCAGGACAAGGAGGGCAUCCCCCCAGACCAGCAGAGGCUAAUCUUCGCCGGAAAACAGCUUGAAGAUGGCAGGACACUCGCCGAUUACAAUAUCCAGAAGGAGUCCACCCUCCACCUCGUCCUCCGUCUCCGCGGUGGGAUGCAGAUCUUCGUCAAGACCCUCACCGGCAAAACCAUCACCCUGGAGGUCGAGUCCUCGGACACGAUUGACAACGUCAAGGCGAAGAUCCAGGACAAGGAGGGCAUCCCCCCGGACCAGCAGAGGCUCAUCUUCGCCGGGAAACAGCUUGAAGACGGCAGGACCCUCGCCGACUAUAAUAUCCAGAAGGAGUCGACCCUCCACUUGGUGCUCCGCCUUAGGGGAGGGAUGCAAAUCUUCGUGAAGACUCUCACGGGUAAGACGAUCACCCUCGAGGUGGAGAGCUCGGACACUAUUGACAACGUGAAGGCGAAGAUCCAGGAUAAGGAGGGGAUUCCGCCGGACCAGCAGAGGCUGAUCUUCGCCGGGAAGCAACUGGAGGACGGGAGGACUCUCGCGGAUUACAAUAUCCAAAAGGAGUCUACCCUCCACCUGGUGCUCCGCCUCCGUGGUGGGAUGUGAAUUCUCAGCCGUUGAUCCGGUGUAGUCCUGGUGCCGUUCGCGUCUGUCAUGUGUCCGUGGUUUGUCGUGUGCGUCUCUCGUUUGUGUGGUGUCGUUGGCCGGCUUAAUGUGGUCGGCUCAAGUCGUCUCCUUUGUUUUCGUCUCCGUCCAUUUUCUGUUUGGUGUUGCCAAGAAAUAAUGCCAGGACUAAAUUGAAGCUUGUAAACUGUUUUGCGCCUAUAUUAUAAGAGAGAAGAAUUUAUUUGGCGUAAA